AUGAUUUGGUCUUCUAACGCUUAUUCUCGACAAUUAGAAAAAUGGACACUUCAAUAUGGACAAAUCUAUGGAAUGUUUGAAGGACGCAAUCCAGUGUGGGUCGUAUCAGAUAUUGAAUUUUUACAAGAAGUAUUUAUAAAACAAUUUGGAAAUUUUUCAUCAAGAAAAACGACAGUUUUUUCUCGACCAUCUACAGGAAAACGAGUACAUUUGUUUGAUGCACAAGGAAUAAAAUGGAAACGACAACGAUAUGUUAUUAAUCCAACAUUCACUCCGUUGAAGUUAAAACAAUUAACACCAUUACUUCUUAAUUGUAUUAAUGAAUUAUUGGAUGAAUUUCCUAUCAAUGGACAAGAUUUUAAUAUAUAUGAGUAUUAUAAAAAAUUAACAAUGAAUGUCAUAUGUCUGUGUGUUCUCGGUAUUGAAACACAUUCAAAUCAUUUAUUUUUGAAAAAAAGUGCACAAUUUUUUUCCAACGAUAUACGUAAACGUAUGAUUGCUAAACUUGGAAGUCUUAUACCGGUCUUUCGACCGUUAUUUAUCAAAAUAUUCAUGCUUCAAAAUAAUAUACGUCGAACAUUGCAUAAUUUAUGUCCAUCUAUAUUUUUUCCAUCAUACGAACUCCCUCCAAGUUUAUGGUUACUCGAUCAUCUUGAACAAAUGGUCAAAGAUCGACAAGCUAGAGGAAAUGAACGUCUAGAUUUAUUACAAUUAAUGUUGAAGGCUACUACAAUUGAACAGCAAAUUAUGCAGAAUGAAACAACAAAUGAAAUGCAAAAGAAAUUGAUACAUGAUGAAGUUAUUAUGAAUGUAUUUUUAUUUUUAAUAGCUGGCUAUGAAACAACAUCGACAGCUCUGGCUUGUGCUACAUAUAUUUUGGCAUUGUAUCCACAUGAACAAACCAAAUUACAAGAAGAAAUUGAUCAUUCACCGUUGAGUGAUGUCAAUGAGCUGGAACAAUUAGACCUAUUUAUUAAAGAAGUUCUUCGUAUGUAUCCAAUACCAAUAUCAUUUGUUAAUCGUCUUUGUCUCAACGACACAAUUGUUUGCAAUCAACAUAUUUCAAAAGGUGAUAUUAUACAACCUGAUAUCUAUUCGAUCCAUUAUAAUUCGGAACUUUGGGGUCCUCAUGAUCCAUACGAAUUCUAUCCCGAUCGUCAUCGAGAUAAACGACGAUCACCAAUGGCUUUUAUGGCAUUUGGCAAUGGUCCACGAAAUUGUGUUGGAAUGAGAUUUGCUCUACUUGAAAUGAAAUUAUUUCUGGUAAACUUACUUCGGAAAUAUACUGUAUUGAAAUCACCAAAACUCGAAUCCCAUUUCAAUAUAAGAGAAUUAACAUUGAUAACACCUGAUGAAGUUUGGAUUCGGCUUGAAAAGAGAACGCGAACAGUGUGUGAUUCGGAAUCUUGA